CCAUUCUCGCGAGAGUUUGUGGAUCUUCUCUGACUUCCGGCUGGGCGGAAGUGCGGCCUCUUUCCCGUGGCGGAUCCGAGGCGAGCGGGCGCGUCGCUGCCAUGAAGCUGAACAUCUCUUUCCCAGCCACUGGCUGUCAGAAACUCAUCGAAGUGGAUGAUGAGCGUAAACUCCGCACUUUCUAUGAGAAGCGGAUGACAGCGGAGGUCUCCGCAGAUGCUCUGGGCGAGGAGUGGAAGGGAUACGUUGUCCGCAUCAGUGGUGGCAAUGACAAGCAAGGCUUCCCCAUGAAGCAAGGAGUCCUGAGUCAUGGACGUGUCCGCCUGCUGCUCAGUAAGGGCCACUCAUGCUAUCGCCCCAGGAGAACUGGAGAACGAAAACGCAAAUCCGUCCGGGGCUGCAUUGUUGAUGCUAACUUAAGUGUCUUGAAUCUUGUGAUUAUCAAGAAAGGUGAAAAAGAUAUUCCUGGACUGACUGACACCACUGUGCCUCGUCGACUUGGGCCUAAGAGGGCUAGCAAAAUCCGAAAGCUGUUUAAUCUCUCUAAAGAAGAUGAUGUUCGUCAGUAUGUUGUGAGAAAACCAUUGAAUAAGGAAGGCAAGAAGCCCAGAACCAAAGCACCCAAGAUUCAGCGUUUGGUCACUCCUAGAGUUCUGCAACAUAAACGCAGACGUAUUGCCCUGAAAAAGCAGCGUACUCAAAAGAACAAGGAAGAAGCUGCAGAAUACGCCAAGCUCCUGGCCAAGAGAAUGAAGGAGGCAAAGGAAAAACGUCAAGAGCAAAUAGCCAAGAGGCGUCGACUAUCUUCUUUAAGAGCUUCAACAUCUAAAUCUGAAUCCAGCCAGAAGUAAAAGUGAACUGUGUUCAUAAAAACCUGAAAUAAAACUUCAAAGUUGAUAAUGAA